GUGCUGAGGACGAGACUCGAGUGACAUUGCCUUUGGUGCUGCAACGUCAACGGGAGUCUUUUCAUCAGGAUCCCAACACGAGGUGGAAGCCAAGCACCUCACCAGCGGCCUAAUUUAGUGUUUUUAGGCCCACCAUCGGCCUAAUUAAGUGUGUCAGCCAUGCCCGGGCCCUUCAAGAAGCCGCGGGCCGUGUUCCCCCUGGAGGAGCAGGCGCCUGAGGAUAGUGACGAGGAGAUGCAAGACGAGAUGAUAGGGCAGAGUGUCAACGUGGACUUUGAGGGUUUCCCCGCCAAUGACGCAGACUUCCACGGCAUCAAGCGCCUCCUGCAGCAGUGUUUCCGCGGGCUGGAGGUGGACGCUUCAGGCCUCACCGACACCAUCAUCUCACAGAACUAUGUGGGUUCAGUUAUCAAGCAAGUUGACGCUGAGGAAGAUGACGAUGAUGAGGAAGAGGAGGAGGAAAUGGGUGAUGAUGAGCAGCAAGUGUUUGGGGUCACAACCGUCAUCAACCUCACAGCCAGAAAGGACGAGGAGUGCGUGGCGGGCCUGCGGACUGCGUUAGUGGAGCGGUGUUCUAGCAGCGGCCCGGACUCUACCACGGCCCUUCUCCGAGACAUCCUGGGCAAUGAGAGUAAGCACGUUGGCCUCCUGCUGUCCGAGAGGCUGGUCAACCUUCCGCCACAGUUCGCCAUCCCUGUGUUUGACUGUUUAAGGAAGGAAAUCAAUGAGGCUAAGAAGAAGAAGAUGCCCUAUGACUUUGCCUACCUCCUGUUGAUCAGCAAAGUGUACAAGCUGGAGAAGAAGAAAAAGAAAGGGGCAGAGACAGAGUUGUGGGGUAACCCGGAGGAGGAGGUGAUCGCUGAGGAGUCCACGGCAAGCUUUGAGUACAACGUGAAGGGAGACUCCACCAUGUCGGGCGAGUGGGACGAGGAUGACCCCCAGUACACCCCCUUCCGCCGCGUCCUCGUCCUCGAAGCUGCCAGGCUGCCAGAGAUCAUCGCGAAGGUCAAGCAGGCGGUCCAGUGAGGAUGAUGAGGAAGCAGGUGUUUGGGGAGAUGUGGAGGAGAACUGAGCAGCCCUUUCAUACUUACUUCAACCUUAUCUCUUUUGUUUAACCUGGCAGCAGCGAUGGGCCAAAUUUUUGCCAUGAUAUAAACCCCCAAAAAAUAGAUGAUGCAUAAAAUGAUCACAAAUGCAUUGAUAUAUGUUAUGAAAUGGUUUGUGUGAGUGAUGAUUUUUUCUCAAUUUCUCGCUUAGAGGGGCCUUUAAAAACAUGAUCCCCGCAGUUAUCGGGUUAAUGUCAGAUAUUCCCGUAAUUGCUUUUGAGGUUAGAGGGCCAACUAUUCCUAAGGCCCCAGUCUUCAACACAUAUCAGCACCUUCAGAGUUCAUCAUCUCUUCUGUUUAAUGUUAGAUAUUUCCUUCAUCUUUUUUGAGGUUAGAGGGCCAACUAUUGCCAAUCCCUCAGUCUCUCCAAUUGCCAGUGUUGCCAAAUCGUCUUCAACACACUUCAGCCCCUUUAGACUUCAUCAUCUCUUCUGUUUAUUGUUAGAUAUUUCCUUCAUUUAUUUCGAGGUUAGAAGAUCAACUAUCCAUUGCCUCAUCCUCUCCAAUUGCCAGUGUUGCCAAAUCGUCUUCAGCACACUUCAGCCCCUUCAGACUUCAUCAUCAUCUCUUCUGUUUAAUGUCAGAUAUUCCCUUAGUCGCUUUCAAGGUUAGAGGGUCAAAUAUUCAUGUCCAUCACCAGUGUUGCCAAAUCCCCUUCAACACACUACCUCCAUGUCUUCCUUGGCCUGCCUGGUGAAUGACGACCUGGCACUUCGCCUCAACAGCUCUCGCCAGUGCCUCAACAUCCCCCCCUCUUCACAGGUCUCCCUAGGGCCUCAACAUCCUCCUCUUCACAGCUCUCCUCAGUGUCCUACCUUCUUUCUUCUUCUUCUUUUGACCUGUAUCGCUUUGUAGCACUUCUUAGGUCCUCCUCUCGUUCCUCUUUUCUUAUUUACACUUUUCUUUUCAGUAUUACGAAACUUUCUUAACUGAAGUAAAUCCCCCUCUUGACAGCUCUCCCCAGUGCCUCACUAUUCCUCCUUCUCUUGACAGCUCUCGCCAGUCCUCCACCACCCUCCUCCUCUUUACGGCUCUCCCCAGUACCCUACCAUCCCUCCUUCUCUUCACAUGCCCAAACCAUCUCAAUCUCCAUACUCUCAGCUAUCAAUCGCUCCAGGCUCAUUCAGUCAGAUAUAUGGCCUAACUUACUCUAACCUAACUUGACCUGACCUAACUAAGAGAAAGCUCAGUUCUCCUCCAUAUUAAAAGACGUUCGCCUCCCAUCUUGGCAGAGAGUGGUUAUUUUUAUGUUAUUCGGCGUUGUGUAAGACUGAGAGAUAUUAAAAAGACUCUAUUUAGUGUU